AUGCUUCACUCGCUAACGUUCCUGGUGGAGAAGCUAUCCCUUUUCUCACACUUUAAACUUGUUGAAUUUUGGUCGUCAGGCAGGCAGCAGAGGGAACGCACAGAGCGCGAAACGCACGGUCGGGUACCGACUCUAAGAAGAGGAGACCUCUUAGAAGUUCCGCGAACGUUGUUUACCCACUUCGGAAUCUAUCUUGGCGACAACAAAGUUGCCCAUCUGAUUCCUGACAUAAUGCCCGUGCUAACUAAAGAUGACGCUUUAAUAAAAACAACUAUCACAAACAAGAGACUGAUCCUUGGUUGCAUUUACAAAAGCGCCACGGUGCGCAUGGACACCUUUGAGGACUUUGUGUACGGCUCAAAAAUCAGGGUUAACCAUACGGAUAAAUCGAGAAAGGUACAACCGUUUCCAAAUGAAGGUGUUGCUAAAAGGGCUGAAGAACUCAUUGGGUCGAUUCCUUACAGUUUGCUAUGGAAUAAUUGUGAACAUUUUGUUACGUACUGCAGAUACGGCACAGCAACAAGUCAGCAAACAGAGAUGUUCUGCAAGUGUCUGAAAUCAAUCAUCAGAGACCAGAGAAGUAUAAAUCUUACAGUCCUCCUGGGAAUGAUUUCCAUCGUCUGCUUCGGCCUGGCGCCCUCGACUGCUUUACCCACAAUUCUUAUUUCAUUCAUCCUGUGGAUGGCUGGCUGAAGAGCGGAGGACUCCAAACUCAAUGGACAAUUAAUGCCACUAUGACAUGACGCUUUGUCAUGGGUAAACCUUGGAAUCCCUUACAACACCUAACUCCUUUCCCCCAAAUGCUUUUAUAGAUGACGGCUGAAACAGAAAUCAACCUUUAUUUUCUUUCAUAUUUACUCGAGAGAAAAAAUGUUAUAUAUAAUAAAAGUUUGUUGUUAAAACCAGGUUGAAUACUUAUGCACAGCUAAACACAUAAAUCCUGAUCUUGGUCUGGUAAUCUUUUUCAAAAGAGCUUUUACAAAGGCUCUGAGGCUAACGUAAUUGGCCGUGUUCAUGUAUCACUGAGUAUUUCAAGAAACCAAAAUAUGAAUAUUCAUGAAUGAUUGUCCCCUUGACAGGAAUUUAUUUUAUAAACACUAAAUUAAGGAAUUGGUUCAGGCAGACAUUUUUUUUAUUUUUGUUACUCUUAAAGUUUGAAAGAUAAUGUCAAUGUUGAUGUAGGCCCAAUGAGCUACUGGGAUUAUUAUAACUCCUUUAUGCACAUGAUACAUACUGUAAGAUUUUUUUAUUGUAAAUAAAUUGUAUUUUUAUAUUGGGCUACUUUCUGUGUAUUCACUAUAACAGCCUGUCAAUUAUGAAAAUUCUAUGAUACAGUGCAAU